CCCUAGUGAGAAAAAAGCCAUGGCCAAGAAGAAGUCCGCCGCCGCCGCCGCCGCCGGCAACGGUCACCACGCCGCUGAUGCGGUGAACGGCAACGGGUUCCACGCCGGGGCGGCGCCGCCGCCAGGCGCGGAUGAGGCGGUGGUGGUGGUGCGGGAGGAGAAGCGGGACCAGAAGGCGGAGAAGCUCAAGGCGCUCAACUCCAUCCUCCUCAAGGAGGCCGCGGACCGGCGGGGCCAGGUGGCGGCGCUCACCAGCCGCCUCGACGAGCUCUCCGCGGACGACGCGGCGCUCGCCGCCGCCGAGCGCACCGUGGCGCAGGCCGCGCUCGCCGCGCCCCUCCGCGCCGCCGCCGACGAGGUCUCCGCGCUCCGUGCCCGCCUCGCCGCCGUCGAGGAGUCCCUCCGGUCCGCGGAGUCGAGGGGGGCGUCCGAGGCGGCCGCCAAGGACGCGGCCAACGCGCGCGUCGAGGCCGUCGCCGAGGAGAAGGCCCGGUUCCUGAAGCUUAUCCAGGUGAAGGAGGCGGAGGUCGCGUCGGUAUCCCACAAGGUCUCGAAAUUGGAGGCCAUGGUGGCGGAUUUGGAGAUGAAGAAUUCCGAGAUGUUCUGUGCGAAGGACGAAGUGGCGAUGCAAUUGGAGGCAACGAAGGAGGCGGUUCGGAUGGCGUCUGACCAGAAGUUGGCGGUGUUGAUGAGUUUGAACGAGCUCAAGAACACAUCCCAGGUUCACCAGAUUGAAAUGGAGGAGAAGGUAAAGGCGAAGGUGGAGGAAUUGAAGGCGAUGGGUGCCAAGAAGGCGGAGAUGGAUGCGAGGGUGGUGUCAUUGGAGGCGGAGCUCAAGGCUGCAGUGGCUAAGAGAGGGGAAUUGGAGGCUGAUCUGACAGCGAAGAAGAGGGAAUUUGAUAUGGUGAAGGGUGAGAACGACAGGCUCCAUUUGGAGGUUGCAACAGCAGAGAAGAAACACCGCGCAUCCGAAGCGGAGGUUGAGAGGCUCUGGGCAGAAUUGGGUGUGUUGACGAAGGAGAAGGAGGCAGCUGCCAAGGCAUUCGAUGCCGAGAAGGCGGGUAUCAUGAGGGAAUUGGAGGAGCUCAAGAGGAAGGUGGAUGAAGUCCAGGCCAGCAAGGCGGCGACCGAGAAGGCAGGGCGCGAGAAGGAUGCCCAAGCUGUUAAGCUGAGGGCUGAAUUGAAGGAGCUCCAUGCUUCCAUGUCGGAGCUCCAAGCAUCCUGUGAUGAGCUCGACACGAGGCGCGUGCGCCUGAAUGAUGAGAAGAAUUCUGUCCAGGAAGCACUGGAUGCUGAGAAGGCCGAAGCGCGCAAGCUGAAGUCGAGAAUCGAGGUGCUCGAGAACUGCAAUGGUGAGAAGGAUGGUGAGAUUGGGAAGCUGAAGGUGGCGCUGGAGGAAAAGAAGGAGAAGAUCGAUGUCCUAAGCAAUAACAUUGAGCUGCUGAAUCUCGCAGUGGCUGAGGCACAGAAGAGGAGGAAGGGUGGCAUUUGGGCUUGGCUGUACGCUGCCACGACAACCAUGGUGGCCGCCAUCUCCUUCAUCUAUGCCACCCGGUCCCGGUGAAGGAACUGCACUUUGCUUUUUUGCUAUGUUACCUUUUCUGUUUUACAUGCUUAUCAACUCAAUGAUAAGGUUGCUAUCUCGCUGUAUUGCUCUAUGAUGGUGAUCAGCUGGCACUAUGCAAUGAAAUGGAAACUUUUGCUUAUGUUCUGAUA